AUGACUGUCAACUCUUCUAGCCUUGAGCUGUACCACUUGACUUUGCAGCGACAGUCCAAUUACAUUCAUUCGUGUGUGGGACAUUUUGUCGAUCUUCCUGGCAGUACAUCAGGGAAACGCAAAAGCAGAAAGGACUACCAAGUAUGUAUUGCUACCGAAACGCAUUUGGAGCUUUACGACGUGGAAGAAGGCAGUUUUCAACGUCUUGCGGUGGUACCCAUUUUUGCUACAAUUACGGCAAUGCAGAGUUUGCCUGUGGAAACCAACUACUCGUACUUGGUGGUGGUAACAGACGCUGGAAAUCUGUCUCUGCUUCAAUUUGUUAACAAAUCUAAUGCCAUCAGACUACAUUCACUAUUCAAUGAGCCGUUUGCAAGAAGCGGGCUACGCAGAGUUGCACCGCAAAAGUACAUAGAGGUCGACCCUCAAGGCAGGUGUAUCUUCAUAUCUGCUACUGAACGCAAUAAACUAUGCUACCAAACAGAUUCAAGGAACAACACUCUCAAUGUUUCGUCCCCACUGGAGUUUCAAAAAUCAAAUCGUAUUACCAUAUCUACAACCGUUUGCGACGUAGCCUUCGACAACCCAAUUUACGCCUCAUUGGAAAUCGACUCCACUGACGGCAGCAAAUACCUAGCUUUCUACAUGCUAGACUUGGGUCUCAACCAUGUUGUUCAGCAGAGUGAGAGUUUGUUACCUUCAGAUGCUAAUUACAUUGUUGCCGUGCCAAAUUUGGAAAGAUACGGCAUCAAGACCAAGUUGCCCCAAGAUGAAUCACAAGUCGACGACGCAAUAAACUCUUUUGUGAUCGUGGCCUUGGAAGGUAAGCUGGUGCUGAAAGAUGCCCGUGGUUACUUCAACUUGGAGGUUUGUCUACCAACGCGCAACGGUGCGUCUCUCAGCAUCAUCUCUGCAGCAGUACACAAGCUGAAAAAGGAGUUUUUCAUGUUACUGCAGUGCAACAACGGAGACUUAUACAAAGCAAAAAUACUACCUAAUGAAGCCACGGAUCUUACUCCGAAACUCACAUUGGGAUUUUUCGAUUCAAUCGCACCUAGCUCAAGGCUUCACAUUUUCAGAAACGGACUACUGUUGUCUCUCCAAGAGCUCGCUGGUUACAGCCUUUAUGAAUUCGAAAGUCUUGGCGAUGACGAAAAUAUACUGACAUCAGAUGAACCAGACAAGCAGCUCAAAAUAUCCCCCCCUUCGCAGCUUGAGAAUCUAUCUCUCCUACACGAAUCGAAAAGUUUAAAUCCGACGCUGACGAUGGAAGUCGAUAAUUCUACUCCGCUGACGUUGAUGGCCCAUUCUAAGAAUGCUUUACAGAAUUUAAGUUCAGGCGUUAGUUUCAGCGAGCUUAUCACAUCACCUUUGCCACCAAAAGCAAGUGGAGUCUGGUCGAUCCGCCUGCCUAGAGAUCCUUGGCACAGACUUAUAUUGCUAGCCCUUCCAAAAACUACAAUGAUUUUAAAAAUCGAGGAAGGCACUUUAGAGGAGCUGGAACAAUCAAACAACAAGUUCAAGAUAGAUGGUGAUACAACGGUUUUUGCCGGGUUGAUGGGCAAAAGAUCGAUAGUUCAAGUAUGUGAAAAUUCCAUGCUACAAAUUGAGUACGACCUAGAGUCAACAAAAAUGAAUGUAAAGUCAGAAUGGUUUCCUCCCGCGGGUAUCAAAAUAUUGAAGGCAACAAGCUCUUUUUCUCAGCUGGCGCUGGCGCUUUCAAACAAUGAAGUUGUUUACUUUGAACUCGAUACCUCUUCAAGUGCUGAGACCUUGAACGAGUAUCAGGAGCGAAUAGAACUUUCUGACAAAAUUACCGAUCUAAGUCUCCCCAAUGUCUUCAGAAGCGAUUUUCUGGCUGUCGGCUGUCAGGAUUCUUCCGUAAAGAUAUUUGGAUUAAAAGCGGCAAAUAAUGACACAUUUUUGGACAUGCUUUCAAUGCAGGUCUUACUUUCGCCACCUAGCAGUGUCAGGCUUAUGUUCUCCAAGAAUGAUUUACUUCUACACGUUGGAUUGGACUCUGGCGUCUACAUCCGUUCCAGCAUAGAUAAGGUUGAUGGUCAACUGUUUGACCUACGAACUAAGUAUUUGGGGACCAAACCUGUCAGGAUAUCAAUUUUGAUGCAUGUCAAUCAUGAACUUUCCUCAGAUGGUGAAGAAGAAGAGGAUGGUGAGGAUGAUAAUGACGAGGAAAAAGUGCCUGUCGAACAAUCCUCAUGUGCCAUCCUACACUGUGACAAAACUUGGAUUAGCUACGAAGCCGACCAAAAUUUUUACGUGAGGCCUCUGAUUCUCUCGAACAAAAUGUCUUUGGAUGCGAUUGCUGAUUUUAGAACAAGCGAUCUGAAGUCAAAUGGUUGUUGCGCCCUUUCAUCGCGUGGCACUCUCAUUAUCGGUCGCUUCGAUAAGUUCACGAAAUACAAUGAAUGGUUUCAACAGGAUGAGGCACUCUCCAACGAGGAAGAUGAAAAUAUGUUCACAGACUUUAGAGGCCGAAAGAUCGUUGCCGAUACUUUUGACCAAAAAUUACGAUAUGUUGUGGAAAAUAAUGUUACCAAAGGUUGCUGUCGGAUCUCAGCUUGUCGCUCUGGCUCCUUUUUGGACAUGAAUGCGGAGGACAGCAAAUUUUUUAUCGUUGACGACAUUUGCCUGGAUGCUCAAGUUGCUCGAUUUGGAACCAACGACACUUUUUUAAUGCUUUCCACCAGCAGUUCGAGGCUGAAGACACUUCUGAUGAAAAGAGGCGCCAAAGACAACAAAAACACUUUGACAAUUCAGCUCGUUCAUGAUACUACUCUCGAAGAGACAGUUCAUUCCAUGGCUUCGUUUGGUGAUAAGCUGGUAGCUUCGUUAUCGAGCAGCAUAGUGCUCUUCGGAAUGGGCCGCAAGCAACUCUUGAAGAAAUCAGUUACUGCAAUGCCGCCUUCAAUUUCUAAGGUCGUGCGUCUUUGUCAAUGGGGAAACGAAAGAGUUGCCAUUGGAGAUAUUCAAGAGUCAGUGACGCUUUUUGUUUUUGACAAGCAGUUGAAUCAAUUUAUGGCUUUGGCAGACGACGUUGUAAAGCGACACGUAACGGCUCUUGAAUUUUUGGACAAAUCCACAGUUGUUGGAGGAGAUCGGUUCGGUAACAUAUGGGUUUUACGGGUACCACAACACAUUGAAAAGAUGAUCAAUGAGGAGUAUUCUUACUUCGUGAGCAAAUAUCAAAAGGCCGGUAGCCAUGAAUUACCGCGUAACAUCAUGGAGUGUCCAUGCAAAUGGGAAGUGGCUAACCAUUUCUACGCCAACGACAUACCAGUUUCAUUUCAAGUCGUGGAAAGUCUAGACAUGUCAGACAGAACAUGUGUCAUAUACGCAGGAUUGCAGGGCACAAUUGCAUGUCUAGUUCCACUUCUGACGAAAAACGAGAUCGACUUUUUCCACAAAUUGGAAGACUGUUUGAAUGAUGCAGAUGAGACGUUCUUUAUCGAUAACGAGACUGAAAUGGCUGCCAUUGAGAAUGACUUUCGAGAUGAGUUGGGAGGUGAAGUCAGGACAAAUACCAAAGCAAAACGCUCCAGCCCACGGCCUAUGAUAGAAGGUGCGUUUAGCUUGGUAGGCCGUGAGCAUAUAAUGUACCGAAGUUACUACGCGCCUGUAAAGGGCGUUGUUGAUGGCGAUUUUUGCGAAAGCUUCUCGACUUUAUAUCCCAGCGAGCAGGAGCUCCUGGUGAGUAAAAUGACAGUGAGAAACGCCAAGCAAGUACAAAGUCGGUUGGCAGUGAUGCGGACGAAUUAUCUAUAA